CGCGUGCAGAAAUCGAUUAAAAUCGCCAUCGCCCGUCGCGUGCAUCGACGCGCCUCUGUUAAUUGAUUUUGUCAAAACUGUUUUGCCUUUGGUGUUUUCUCACCAUUUUGGGGGGAAGUGCCACUCUUGUCUCUUCUUGGAGGAUCCCUUGAAUUUUCUGGACGGUCAAGUCCUUUUUUACUACAAUCUACUGUCUGCUUAAUAUUUGGGCCACUCGAUUGGCCUUCAUUGUUCGACUGCUCGACGAUUUCUGCGUGGUGGCGAGUUGCAUUCCGCCGUGCUUUGACGACCGGGACAUCCCUCCCACCCCUCGCUCCCAAUUGCGACUUGCGACCGCACUCUUUCAUCCGGACGUGCGAUAGCAGCGUUUUUCGUCCGAUCACGACUUCCCUAGUAGCUCUCCAUUGCGACACCAUAUCAGCCCUUGCGCACCAUCGCUCGCUUCCGCCCCGAUGGCGUCCGCCGAUACGAUGGAAGCCGAGAAGCCCAAAAUGAGCUACACCAAGCUGAGAGAGGAGCAAAUACUCGCCGCCGAGGAGGAAAAGGCCCACCUCGCGAAUCUCAAGGCUGAGGAGAAGCGCAAGAAGAAAUGGAAGCGAAGACCCUUGACAAAGGAGGAGCGUGAGGCUAAGGGAAAGGACCUGGAUGCUCUUCUCGCCCAGAGUGCAGCGUUUAGCAGCAUUCUUACAGACAAGACCAAAGUCCUCGGCCGAGUUGGAACAGGCUUGGAUGGCAAGACACUGGGAGAACAUGACUUGACCAUGGCCAAGCAGCCCAAGUGCUUGGUUGGCGGCACCAUGCGAGACUACCAGUUGGAGGGUCUUACUUGGAUGUACGAGAUUUGCGUACAGGGAAUGAGUGGCAUUUUGGCUGACGAGAUGGGUCUCGGCAAAACCAUUCAAACCAUCUCCCUGAUUGCUCUCCUCCGCGAGCAAGAAAAUUACCUCGGUCCACAUCUGAUUGUUGCUCCGUUGAGUACACUAUCGAACUGGAUGAAUGAGUUUCACAAAUGGGUCCCCUCAAUCCCUGUUUGCAUGUACCACGGCACCCCCGAGCAGCGUAUCGGCAUUUUCAAGAACCAGAUCAACAAACAUCUCGUGGGAGGCAGACCUACGAAUAAGUUUCCCGUCGUCUGCACGACCUAUGAGAUGGUCAUCCGUGACCGUGCCAACCUUUCCAAGAUAAAUUGGGAGUUUAUCAUCAUUGACGAGGGUCACCGGAUGAAGAACUUUGACUCCAAGCUGUUCCGGGAACUCAAGACAUUCACCUCUGCCACCCGACUCCUGAUUACCGGCACUCCUCUUCAGAACAACCUCAAGGAGCUGUGGUCAUUGCUGAACUUUUUGUUGCCCAAGAUCUUCAGUGAUUGGGAGUCCUUCGAGAGCUGGUUCGACUUUAGUGACCUCGAGGAUGAAGAAGGAACCGAAGAGUUCAUUGCUGAUAAGGCCAAGCAAGAACUCGUCAAGAAGAUGCACGUGGUGUUGCAGCCUUUGCUUCUGCGCAGAGUCAAGGCUGAUGUCGCCAAGUACCUGCCCAAAAAGAGAGAGUAUGUUUUGUAUGCGCCGAUGACCAGGGAGCAGACAGACUUGUACAACGCUAUCAGCGAUAAGAAUAUCGACACUCGGGCCUACUUGGAAAACAAGGUCGUGGAGAGGCUCACAGCUGCCAACAGCUCAGCAUUAUCGCCCAGUCGCAGCACACGCUCCUCUAGGUCAAGCAGCGUGAAGCCAGACACGGAGAGUGAGGUCACAUCAUCGACCGCAAGGACAAGCCCGAUGUCAGUCAAGAUGGAAGAGCCACCAGCUCCUCCAGCGAAGAAGAAUGCCUUUGCCCUCAUGAUGGGAAAGCGACCUAGUGGGCGUCCUCCCAAAGCAGCAACCCUGGCUAAGAAACAAGGUGCUGCGGCAGAAGCUGUCCUUCCGAUUCGCGAAUCACCACGGAAGGGCAGCACCAAGCGCAAGGCCUCACCAGCACCGCAGUCUCCCGCCCCCAAGAGCGUCAAGUCAAGUCGUCAGUCCACCCCUAGUAGUGUCCGCGGCCGACCACGACGAGGCCGCAAAUCCUACAAAGACGCCGAUUCAGACGACGACAUGCUCGACGACGACGCCUUUGAGGCCAAGUUGGCCAAACAACUCGAGGCGGAAACCGAACUGCAGGCACAUAAUGGCCUCGACGAAGACACCGAUGAAUUCGAACGAGCCAAAACCCUCGAGCUUGCCAAACGCGAGAUCUCCCUCAAGAAACUCGGCAACCCCGUCAUGCAGCUCCGUCUGGUGUGCAACUCCCCCCAUCACUUUUACGACUGCGAAGCGGACGAGUCCAUCGUCACUGCUUCAGGGAAGAUGCUGCUUCUUGACAGGUUACUCCCCGCCUUGUUUGAGCGCGGCCACAAGGUACUCAUCUUCAGCCAGUUCAACAAGCAGCUUGAUCUGCUCGAGUCGUACUGCGCCGACCUGCGCGGGUGGCCGGUAUGUCGCAUCGAUGGGUCAGUAGCGCAGGAGGACCGCCAGGCGCAGAUUGAGGAUUUCAACAAGGACCCUGAGCUCAAGAUCUUCUUGUUGACCACGAGGGCAGGGGGGCAGGGCAUCAACCUUGCUUCGGCUGACACCGUCAUCUUGUUUGAUAGUGACUGGAACCCGCAGCAGGAUUUACAAGCGCAAGAUCGCGCUCACAGGAUUGGUCAGACAAGACCGGUGGUUGUGUACCGGUUGGCUACCAAGGACACGGUAGAGGACGAGCUAUUGGGGAGUGCAGACGCAAAGAGACGGUUGGAGAAGCUGGUGAUCAAAAAGGGUGGGUUCAGGACGAUGGGGCAAAAGAUUGACAUGAGAGAGGACUUGGACAAGGAAACACUCAAGGCGCUGCUGCUGAAGGAUGGGCAGGUGUACAAGUUUAGUGGGGACAAGGAGGUGCUCAGUGAUGCUGAUAUUGAGGUGUUGUGUGAUAGGAGUGAUGAGGCUUAUGAGCGGGCUGCGGCGGGUGAGGGUAAUGCGGGUGUGUACAAGGUUGUUGAGACAAAGGCUGAUGGGAUUACGGAGACGGGGAAGCAGUGAUUGCGGUGGUAUUUUGGUAUUGUGAUAUACCCUCCGCUUUCUUCUCUUUUUUGUCUUAUGAAACAUGGCAGGCGGGCAUGGCGUUUGGUUAAAGUAUAUUGGUGGUUCAUUGUUGGUUUAUUUGUGUGGUAUACAUGUCAGAGUAUGGUGUAAUAAGCAGUGGGCCAGGCUUCGGCCUAUUUGCUGUCACAGCAAGUUGAACGGCCUCUCGGGACAAUGUGUGUUCGUUGAUCAAAUGGUAGCUAUCUUGCCCUGUCUAAAACACGUCAUCCUAGUACACUAUCCUCAUGCCCCAUCCUUUAGGUAAGC